CCCUCAGCUUCUCAUCUACCAAAACCAUUUUUCCUACAGAUCACUUCACUACUGCUCUCCCUCUGCCUAUAUAAAAAAACUCGGAAAACAUAUACGUAUCGUUUGUUCAUAAGGAUAUGGGAGAGAUUAGCUUGGGAAUGGACAGAUCAACUAUAGGAUGGGCAGCAAGAGAUCCAUCUGGAGUCCUUUCGCCGUACUCCUACAUCCUCAGAGAGACAGGCCCUGAAGAUGUUUACAUAAGGGUCAUCUGCUGCGGGAUUUGCCAUACUGAUAUUCAUCAGAUCAAGAACGAUCUUGGUGCGUCCAGUUACCCCAUGGUUCCCGGGCAUGAAGUGGUCGGUGAGGUUGUGGAGGUGGGAUCAGAUGUGAGCAAAUUUAAGGUAGGAGAUUGUGUUGGUGUUGGCACAAUUGUUGGAUGCUGCAAAACUUGUGGCCCGUGCAAAGCAGAUGUUGAACAAUACUGCAACAAGAGGAUCUGGUCCUACAAUGAUGUGUAUACGGAUGGCAAGCCCACUCAAGGAGGUUUCUCCCGUGCCAUGGUAGUCGACCAAAAGUUUGUGGUGAAGAUCCCCAAAGGGAUGGCACAAGAGCAGGCAGCACCUCUACUCUGUGCUGGUGUGACAGUUUAUAGUCCUUUGGCCCAUUUUGGAUUAAAACAUAUCAGCGGAUUGAGAGGUGGUAUAUUGGGGCUUGGAGGAGUCGGACACAUGGGAGUAAAGUUAUCAAAAGCAAUGGGGCAUCACGUGACUGUAAUAAGCUCUUCGGCCAAAAAGAAAGCAGAGGCUUUGGAUCAUCUCAAGGCUGACGCCUACAUUGUUAGCUCAGAUGCUACUCAGAUGCACGAGGCUGAAGAUACACUGGACUACAUCAUAGAUACAGUGCCUGUUUUUCACCCACUUGAACCUUAUCUCUCGUUGCUGAAACAUGAUGGGAAGUUGAUCCUGACAGGUGUUAUUAGCACUCCGCUACAGUUCAUGUCCCCAAUGGUCAUGCUUGGGAGGAAGGUGAUCACAGGGAGCUUCAUCGGAAGCAUGAAAGAAACAGAAGAAAUGCUUGAUUUCUGCAAUGAAAAGGGAAUCACUUCAACAAUUGAAGUUGUGAAAAUGGAUUACAUAAACACUGCUUUUAAGAGGUUGGAGAAAAACGAUGUGAGGUACCGAUUUGUUGUCGAUGUUGCUGGAAGCAAACUUGAUUAAGAAACGUAGGAGCCAGUGUCACUCUGUGAAGUGUGAACUAUAGUUUGUGUUUUUGUUAAUUACUGGAAUGUGUAAUAAAAGUUCAUCUUAAUAAACACUGAGGUACUCAAUAGCAUCAUGAAUUGUUUUUCUUGCCA